AUGCCUGGAGGCGAUUCAACAGCAACAGAAAACAUACCAGCUGGGGACUUUGACCUGCUCCUCUUCCGGCGGCGGCGCUUCCGUACAGCCAAAGCGUGUUAUCCAUGCCGUCGACGAAAGGUCAAAUGUGACCUAAACCAGCCGUGCGGGACGUGCAUCAGUCGGGAGCAUCCCGAUUUGUGUGACUACACGACCAAUACCUUUGCUGGAGCGGAGUCGUCUACCUCCGAACAGAGCCCGAGUGUUCGAGAGCAGCCUGAAGGUGCUCAUGUGAGCCCUUCAGCUGCGGAAACAGCUCAAGGGCUGUUUGUCGACUUGGCAUUGCCGUUUAGCACCAAGGUGCAUCUCGGUUCGGAGUCUCUCCCAGGAAUCUUCUCAAUGUGUGGGAGAACAAGAAAACAGCCAUCAACGGCCCCAGUGAAGCUGUCGACGGAUCCAAGGUUGAUCUGUGAGCUUCUGUGUCUUCAGGACUCCAGCACCACGUUUCCCUUUACCAACCUGUGGAUGCCUGGUGAUGGCAUAGAAAAAGUGUACAGUGCACUGCCCGAAGACGAUGUAAUCCUGAACCAUUUUCGAUUAUUCCAAGAAUCUCUCUUUCAUCUCGAACCUUCGAUCGUAAACCUCCGAAAUUUCGAAACUGUACUCCUAGAAUUCCUACGUAAGCGAAGGGCUGUCCCGCCAAACCCGUACCUGGAGCCUCUGUCUGAAAGCACAAGCUCGUGGAUUGGCCUCUUAUUUGGCAUUCUGUCAUGCGGUGCCCAACUUGCUGUAGUCGAGGGGGUUGAAGGGGAGCUGGAUGCCACGAAAGCGUGGGUUUUUGGCUUAGCCAUACGUCUUGCCCAAACUCUUGGGCUUCACUGCACGCCAGAUCCCAACUCCAUCAGCAAUCCGAAGAAAAGGGAAGAGGCUAUCAUAAGAUCAUCCAUAUGGCGAUCCUUAAUCUGGCAGGACACCCUCGCCUCCCUCUGCUUCGAUCGGCCGUCUGGAAUCGUUGUUUUAGAAUCCAUUCCAUCGAACACUGCCUCACCUCGAUUCUAUUCAUUCUUCGAUAGCUGCCAUCAUCUAUUUGUGACGGCAAACAAGAUCGGCCAUGCAUUAACCCAAGCAAAAUUUUCAGGGGAACGACUGCCCCACGAGACGGUACUCGAUUUCAGAAAGCUUGUCAACAUUAUCGAGACCCGAUCGGUGCCGCAUUUACAAGAUCUUUCCAAGUGUCAAUCGAAGAAUGAUUACAUUCAGCACUACAUAUUCAGACUCUUCACCGAUUCGGUCAUGGUGUGCCUGUAUAGGCCAGCCAUGACAGGCAACGAAUCUCAAGAUGACGACAUCACGGAUUACUACCUCAAUCGAUGCCGUUCGACAUUACAAACAUACAUGGAACUGAUGAAUUUGAAUGCCCCGUUCCAGAGGCUUUGGUUCUUUGUUCACAUCACAUUCAGCAGCGCCCUGAUCCUGGGCCAAGCUGCCUACGCGCGCAAUGUUCAUUCCGAUAAGACAUUUUUGAAGCGUUUCUUUAAUAGUCUCUCGCAAAAUCGAGCGUUUGUUAGUGUUCCGAUGUAUGAAAAUGCCUGGAGAUUACUACACGAGUUCUUGACGAUGAACGACAACAAUAUGGAGGAAUAG